AUGGAUGUUGCGGCCGCGAAGAUGUUCUUUGACCAAGCCAGCGAAGAAGCGAAAGAGCUGCUGGCUAACGAACUUUACUACCGCGAACUCGAAACGAUCCGACGAGAGCAGCCGCUUAUAAACCCUGCAACAUGCCUUUUGGUUCCGCUGUCACUGUAUGACCGCAAUGUGCAGAGCGCGGAGCAGCCCGGGAACCCCUCUAGGAGGCAGUCCGAAGCCCAGCCCCCGAGGCCAAUCCCGGCGACGGAUCCGGGGAGUAUCAACAUGCGCGGCGGCGCUGCCCCCAAUUUGGAAGAUAGUCUUGAGGAGAUUCCCCCAUACAUUCUGCGUGUACUCUCAAGAAUGGCCUUGGUUGAGAUCCUCGUGGCAGACGACGCCGGUGAGUCCGCGGAACAGCAGUUACCAGGUCCGCUCUCCAAAAUGCGGCUGGACAUUUCCAAGAUAAGGGAAACCGUGGGACACAAGCGCUCGUUGGAGGAAGAAUUUCCCAAGGAGCUUGAAGCGGCAAAAUUCGACUUCCUAACGACCGGAUACAAGCACAUGGACCAGGAGACGAUGUUUCAGGGGCGCGACUGGCUAGGCCACUACCUGAGCGCCGACAAGAUCGAGAAGCGGCCAAUCCUUUUCAAGGGCUUCCCUAUGGUCGAAGACGUGGUGUUCAUAAAACAUCCAAACUACUGGCAUGAACCCAAAACCCAUGGAAAGCUCGUAGCGAGCGGGCAAUGUUACUGGUUGGCUAUCGCCCUUUUGAUCUACGGCAAUGCGAGCUUCUGGCUUCGCGUGAAGGCGGAGCAUCUCAGUUACCUGGAGAAGGUCUUAUCGAACCCCAAGCAUCCUCGGUACGCGUUUUACUUGCGGGAGAACCAAAAUAACAUGAGGACCUAUGCAACAGGCCCAGCUGGAAAGGAAGGCGUAUGGGGAGGCGAGGCCAAUAUGUGGGAGAGGCUGCACAUACCGGGAUGCUGGACGAGUGAGGAUAUGUGCCAGCUUACGGCGGAUGUUUAUGGCGUGUUCUUGGUGCUGUACAAGUUCAGUGCCCGCAACGCCCAGUCCCCGUGGGCAAACAAGGUCUACGACAUGAAGACGUACGGCGCGUACAACAACCGGCACAUUUUCUUGUGUUACGCACACGAAAACCACUUUCAACCGAUGGUCCCUAACGAUUUCUACGCCCAUGAGUUCAAGCUGCCCCGUUUGACGCUACAGAAUACGAAGCGGUACCAGCUAGUGACUCGCCCCCAUACCCGCCGUAUCGGAGAUGGCCCGAGGCAUCACUGGCGGGGGCAGGCCAAGGUCGCACCGUCGCCGCUGGCACUACCGAGACACGAUGCGGCGCAUCUGGCUCGGGCAGCAGGAUAUGUGCCUGGUGUUAACGAGCCUCAGCCGCAACCACAAGCCCAAACCAAGCCGCGGUCUCGACCGUUAUCCGAACUGCGUAUCAAUGCGGCUCUGGCGGAAAACAUGGAAAAGCCGGACGAUCUCCUUCGCAGCCCCUUUAUCACGAACCCCGAGUUGUUGAAGUCACCCAGGCACGAAAGUGACCCCAUCUGGACGCCACCCACUCCCUGGCAAGUCAUCCCCCUCUACCGUGCCUGCUUCAAGCAUGCCUACUCCAAGCAUGCCUACUCCAAGCAUGUCUCCUCCAAGCGAGGCCAAAGGCAAACGGCCAGCCACAGACAUGGACCCAGCAGAACUCUUGACACCGACCAAGAGACUCCGAAGAAUGCUAGGACCCGCACCACCGCCAUCACCGGACAGACUGACCCAAACCCAGCCAUCACAUCACCCAGGUCUCUUCGCCCCUAUCACACACAUCACCCGGCAAGCCCUGCCUCGUAUUACUACUCCCUAGCAGAAAGCAGCCGAGACGCCCUCUCCCGCCUCCAGGCCGCCAACCAGCCCAAACCGGAACCCCAACCCCAGCCCAAACCAGAACCCCCAACCCAACCCGCCCCCAGUCCUCCCGCUAAACAGCCAUCACCAGCAACAGCCGCAGCAGCAGCAACAUCCCCCGCCAACCAACACCCCCAACCCCCCCUCGCACCACCCCCCCGCCAACCCCAAUCCCCCCCACCCAGCCGAUUCUUCCGGCCCGCCACCAAGUCCCUGCUCUUCAAGGUCCGCAUCCUGCGGCUCAAGCGCUGGGCCGUGGAAUUGGGGCUGGCGGCGUCCCACGACAAUAUGCACGGGUGGAAGAAGGAGGAGGUGUGCAACAAGCUGCUUGCGGCGCGCGUCGAGCUGCUGAUGGCCAGGCCGGCGAAGGGCCGGCCAGAGGUGGUGGCGGAGCUGGAGGAGAGGGACGGCGUGACGAUGGUGAGGCGCGUGAGAGGGGAGGAGGAGGAGGAGGGUGAGGGGGGGACUGGGGAUGAGGAGCGGGAGAGUGGCGAUGGGACGGACGGGGAUGAGAGUGAGGUUGAGGAGGGUGAUAGGGAGGGAGGUAAGGAGCCUGAGGGGGGUGAGGGCGAAGAUGUGCUUGUUGUUUGA